UUGAUAAAGGGUUCAUUGUUUGUUUAUUUAGCAAUAAAAUUAAUUUCUUCACUUGUUUCUCUUUUAUCAGAUCCAGUUGAUGUGCUGCGGGCUCUGCAGGUUCCCUCUCUCCCCGAGGGUGUGAAGAAAGUCCCUGGCUUCUGCACAUCCCGUCGCUCCAGCAGCCCUGAUCAUGCUUACCGCAUCACCAAGAAGGCCCAGAUCUCUGCCCCCACCAAGCAGCUCUUCUCAGGGCGUUUCCCAGAGAACUUCUCCAUCAUGGCUCUGAUAAAGGCCCAGGCUGGUCUCCAAGCUUUCCUCCUCUCUAUCUACAGUGAGCAGGGCAUUCAGCAACUGGGCAUUGAAAUGGGACGCUCGCCUGUUUUUCUGUACGAAGACCAGAAUGGAAAGCCAGCUCCUGAGGACUACCCGCUUUUCAAAGGCAUCAACCUGGCUGAUGGCAAGUGGCAUCGCAUUGCCUUCUCCGUUUCCAAGAAAAACGUGACUCUGCUGUUGGACUGCAAGAAGAAGAUGACCCGUCCUCUUCCCCGGGGCAACAAUGCUGUGAUUGACACCAAUGGCAUCACAGUGUUUGGAGCUCGUCUGCUUGAUGAGGAGGUUUUCCAGGGAGACAUCCAGCAGCUGUUAAUUGCCUCCAACCCUCAGGCGGCCUAUGACUUCUGUGAACACUACAGUCCUGACUGUGACUCCCCUCUUCCCAAGACCCAGGCUCAGGACCCAAACACAUACGAUGACCAUGAAUAUCCAUAUUAUUAUGAGGAAACCACAGGCCUUCCCUCCUCAUCUUCAUCCCCCUCUCCCCAACCAGCUGUCUACCUGACCAAUCAGGAUGUAGACACAGAAUAUUCUGAGGCUGGCCACACCCCUACAGAGACUGAUUAUUACUAUGAAGAGAUGGUCCCACAGCCAGACGGUGAGGUGGUUGGACAAGAAGAAAUACCUGUACAGCCCCAGGUCGAACCAGCCUUGGUGGGAGAGGAGGUAGAUGCCACCAAAGCGGGCGAUGUUGGUGAAGAAGUCUUCACUGAGGAGUAUGUGACUGGAGAUGUGGGCCUUAAGGAAUACGACUAUGCCUACAGAGACUACAAUGAGCCCUUACCAGAGACCGGAGAGGUCGAUGCCUACAUGGGGCCCGCCUUGUCCGCUGUGACGGAUGAGGGAGGCGCCGCCUUUAGAGGCCAGAAAGGAGAAAAGGGAGAACCUGCAGUUUUGGAGCCUGGCAUGUUAAUAGAAGGUCCCCCAGGGCCUGAAGGGCCUGCAGGACCGUCUGGACCUCCUGGAUCAUCUGGACCUCCUGGUUCUGUGGGAGAUCCUGGAGAGAGGGGUCCUCCUGGUAAAGCUGGUCUGCCUGGGGCUGAUGGAGUCCCUGGACCUCCUGGAACCUCAGUCAUGCUUCCUUUCCGUUUUGGGCAGGGCGGCGGCGAUAAGGGUCCCGUUGUCUCUGCACAGGAGGCCCAGGCAGCCGCAAUCUUGUCUCAGGCUAGGAUGGCACUGAAAGGACCUCCUGGACCAAUGGGAUUCACCGGGCGCCCUGGACCUGUGGGAAGUCCAGGAAGCUCUGGGCUGAAGGGAGAAAGUGGAGAUCCUGGUCCUCAGGGCCCCAGAGGAUCACAGGGGUUGCUGGGUCCUCCGGGUAAAUCAGGAAGAAGAGGUCGUGCUGGUGCUGAUGGGCCUCGGGGAAUGCCCGGAGAGCCCGGAUCUAAAGGCGAUCGUGGCUUUGAUGGUCUUCCUGGUUUGCCUGGUGACAAAGGACACAGGGGUGACCCGGGACCAAUGGGACCACCAGGAUCUCAAGGAGAAGAUGGAGAGAGGGGAGACGAUGGAGACGUCGGACCCAGGGGUCUCCCAGGUGAACCCGGACCCCGUGGUCUGCUCGGGCCUAAAGGUCCUCCAGGAAUCUCUGGACCUCCUGGUGUACGAGGAAAUGAUGGCCCUCAUGGUCCCAAAGGAAAUGUGGGUCCUCAAGGUGAGCCCGGACCUCCAGGCCAGCAGGGAACUCCAGGAACUCAGGGAAUGCCAGGACCUCAGGGAGCUAUUGGACCUCCAGGAGAGAAAGGUCCCACUGGAAAACCGGGUUUACCAGGAAUGCCUGGAGCGGACGGCCCUCCUGGUCACCCAGGAAAGGAGGGUCCAUCAGGCACUAAAGGAAACCAGGGUCCCAACGGUCCUCAAGGAGCCAUUGGCUAUCCUGGCCCUCGUGGCAUCAAGGGAGUGCAAGGAAUCCGCGGUCUAAAGGGUCACAAAGGAGAGAAGGGAGAAGAUGGCUUCCCAGGAAUUAAGGGAGAUUUUGGCAUCAAGGGAGAGAGGGGUGAGAUUGGAGUUUCAGGGCCCAGAGGAGAAGAUGGCCCAGAGGGACCAAAGGGUCGUGUUGGACCUCCUGGAGAACUCGGACCAAUUGGGCUUGCUGGAGAGAAGGGUAAACUUGGUGUACCUGGACUUCCUGGAUACCCUGGAAGACAAGGACCCAAGAGAUCUCUUGGAUUCCCUGGAUUUCCUGGUUCUAAUGGAGAGAAGGGAACGCGGGGUGUUUCUGGAAAACAAGGACCAAGAGGACAAAGAGGACCAACGGGUCCUCGAGGGCAGAGAGGACCGAGGGGAUCAACAGGAAAACUAGGAGCAAAGGGAACGUCUGGAAGUGACGGCCCUCCUGGUCCUCCUGGAGAGAGGGGAUUACCCGGACCUCAAGGAGCCAACGGCUUCCCCGGACCAAAGGGACCUCCAGGACGACCAGGAAAGGAUGGACUGCCUGGACAUCCUGGACAGAGAGGAGAAGUCGGGUUCCAAGGUAAAGUGGGUCCACCUGGGCCUCCUGGAGUUGUAGGACCUCAGGGUCCAUCAGGUGAAACGGGCCCCAUGGGUGAGCGUGGGCACCCUGGACCUCCAGGUCCUCCAGGAGAGCAGGGACUUUCUGGUCCGUCAGGAAAAGAGGGCACCAAGGGAGACCCCGGACCUCCAGGAGGCCCUGGUAAAGAUGGGCCUCCUGGUCUGAGAGGAUUCCCUGGAGAGAGAGGACUUCCUGGAACCCCUGGUGGUGGAGGACUGAAGGGAAGCGAAGGACCUGCUGGACCUCCUGGACCUGCUGGUUCUCCUGGUGAGAGAGGUUCUGCUGGAACCGCUGGACCUGUGGGACCUCCUGGCAGACCAGGUCCUCAAGGACCACCAGGACAAGCUGGAGAGAAGGGUGUUCCAGGCGAGAAAGGCCCCAUUGGCCCAGCAGGGCGGGAUGGAGUCCAGGGUCCAGUGGGUCUGCCCGGCCCUGCUGGAUCACCUGGAGUACCUGGAGAGGAUGGAGAUAAGGGUGAAGUUGGAGAACACGGUCAGAAGGGAGCCAAGGGGGGGAAAGGAGAGCAUGGUCCUCCUGGUCCACCUGGCCCAAACGGUCCAGUUGGCCAACCCGGUCCUGCUGGGGCAGAUGGAGAGCUGGGACCAAGGGGGCAGCAGGGACCUUUUGGAGCUAAAGGUGACGAAGGAACUCGAGGAUUCCCGGGAGCUCCGGGACCUAUCGGACUUCAGGGCCUGCCUGGACCAUCGGGUGAGAAGGGAGAGACCGGAGACAUUGGGCCAUUGGGUCCUCCUGGACCUCCAGGACCCCGCGGACCUGCUGGACCCAACGGAGCCGACGGACCUCAAGGUCCUCCUGGUGGUUUGGGUAAUCCUGGACCUCUUGGAGAGAAGGGAGAGCCUGGUGAGGCGGGAGCACCUGGAGUUGUUGGAGAACCAGGAAAGAAGGGUCUUCGUGGAGAACGCGGAGAGAAGGGAGAAGCUGGACAACCUGGAACUGCUGGACCUGCUGGAGGACGAGGACGACCUGGAGAUGAUGGACCCAAAGGAAACCCAGGCCCAGUUGGUUCCCCUGGAGAUCCUGGUGCUCCUGGUGAGGUUGGACCCAGAGGUCAAUAUGGCGCCAAAGGAGAGAGAGGAGAGGACGGUGAAGCAGGAGAGUCGGGUUCUCCAGGACCUCCCGGUGAGAACGGACCACCUGGUCCUCCAGGAAAAAGGGGACCUGCUGGGACCAGAGGACCGGAGGGCCGACAAGGAGAGAAGGGAACCAAAGGGGAUCCAGGUGCCGUCGGGCCCCCAGGGAAGACCGGCCCUGUUGGUCCUCAGGGUCAGCCGGGAAAACCGGGAACAGAAGGUCUCAGAGGACUUCCAGGAUCAGUGGGAGAGCAAGGAUCUCCAGGAUCUGCUGGACAGACGGGCCCACCUGGACCUAUCGGACCUCCCGGUCUACCUGGCCUGCGUGGAGAUCCUGGUGCAAAGGGUGAGAAGGGUCACCAGGGUCUCAUCGGUCUGAUCGGACCUUCAGGAGAGCAGGGAGAGAAAGGAGACCGGGGCAUGCCUGGGCCUCAUGGAUCCACUGGACCUAAAGGAGAACCUGGCAUGGCUGGAGGUACUGGACCUCUGGGUCCUGCUGGUCCUCCUGGGCUUCCUGGUCCGCAAGGUGUCAAAGGAGCAAAGGGCUCCAGUGGAGGAGCAGGUCCAAAGGGAGAGAAGGGUGUGCAAGGACCUCCUGGGCCUCCUGGUCCCCCAGGCGAGGCCAUUCAGCCUCUGCCCAUUCUGAGGAGUCCCAAGACUAAACGCUCCAUCGAUGCCAGCCAGCUGCUGCCUGAGUUAGACCCCGACGCGCCAGCCUCCGACACCGCUGGUACGGAGUUCCUGAUGGGCAGUGAAGGCAUGGAGGAGAUCUUCGGAUCCCUGAACUCACUAAGGCAGGAGAUCGAAACGAUGCGUUUCCCUCUGGGGACUCGGGACAGUCCGGCUCGCACCUGCCAGGACCUGCAGCUCAGCCAGCCGGACCUCCAGGAUGGAGAGUACUGGAUUGACCCAAACCAAGGCUGCUCCAGAGACUCCUUCAAGGUCUUCUGUAAUUUCACUAAAGGAGAGACGUGCCUGUACCCCAGAGACGUUGACACGGUGAAGAUGAGCUCCUGGGACAAAGAGACUCCAGGGUCGUGGUACAGUCAGUUCACCACUGGUAGCAAGUUCUCCUACGUGGAUUUGAACGGCGAGCCCGUGGGCGUGGUCCAGCUGGGCUUCCUGCGCCUCCUGAGCGUCCAGGCCCGUCAGAACCUCACCUACCACUGCCACCGCUCCGUGGCCUGGGCCGACCGAAGCGCCAAGAACAACCACAAGAGGGCGCUGCACUUCAGAGGCGCCAACGAGGAAGAGCUGAGCUACAAGACCAGCCCUUACAUCAAAGCCUUGGUGGACGGCUGCUCCUACCGGAAAGGCUUCGACAGGACGGUCCUGGAGAUCAACACGCCUCAGGUGGAGCACCUCCCUCUGCUGGACAUCAAGGUGUCAGACUUUGGGGAGAGCAACCAGCAGUUUGGGUUUGAAGUUGGACCUGUCUGUUUCCAAGGCUGAACUGACACACACACACACACACACACACACACACACACACACACACACACACACACACACA